AUGAAUAAUACACCAACCACACAUUUUCUCCUUGUUGGACUCUCUCAUUAUCCAAAACUCCAGCCCCUCUUGUUCGCAAUGUUCUUACUAAUCUACCUUUUGGCAUUUGUUGGGAAUAUCCUGAUCGCGAUCGUCAUCAGUUCAGAUUCCCGACUCCAUACCCCAAUGUAUUUCUUCCUCAUUAACCUUUCCAUUUUGGACAUUUGUUGUACAACGGCUGCCAUUCCUAAGAUGCUACAAAUCCUUGUUGUAGAGGAGAAGUCCAUAUCAUACUCGGGUUGCAUCUUACAAUUAUACCUCUUCACUGCAGCUUUGAGUACAGAAUUGAUACUGCUUACAGUGAUGGCAUAUGAUCGAUAUGUAGCAAUUUGUUUUCCUUUGCGGUACAAUACAAUAAUGAACAGAACUGCCUGUGCAUGUGGAGCUGGAGCAGCAUGGAUUCUUGGUUCUGUAAAUUCAAUGACCCACACGUGCCUCAUCCUUAAAUUAACCUUCAAAGAACAAAAAAUAAUUGACCAUUUUUUCUGCGAGAUCCCACCAGUGUUAAAAUUGGCCAAGUCUAACACUUACGUUAAUGAUGUUGUCAUUGUGGCUUCUGAUGUACUGUUGGGGAUGAUUUGCUUUAUUCUGACUGUCAUUUCCUAUACAUACAUUAUCUCAACUAUCAUGAAAAUACGUUCAGCAGACAAGAAAAAGAAGGCAUUCUCCACCUGUGCCUCACACCUUACUGUGGUAACUCUCUUCUACGGUGGUGUUAUCUACACCUAUGUUCGUCCAGCCUUCAGCAACUACUUAGAAGCAGAUAAGGUGGUCUCUGCUCUAUACGCAAUUGCAUCUCCAGUAUUGAAUCCUAUAAUUUAUAGCUUAAGGAAUAAAGAGGUAAUUAAUGCCAUUAAAAAGACAGUUGCAAAAAAUACAAGUGCUCAAAGAGUGUAG